CUGCAGACCGGACCAGAAGUUCCCCCGUCCGGCCCUCGGUACAUGCUCUCUCGCUGACCGCCAAUACACUGCUCUUGCUCUCGUGGACAACUAUCCGUAAAGCCACAGCAUAUCGGCAGCACCCGUCGACAGAGGCAUAUUCUUCACAGCUGUGUCAAAUUCGACUUGGGGAAGCGGGCUUAUUUCAGCCCAUUCUCAGCAGCAUCAUGGCUGCUGUGUACGCAAACAUGCAGCCCCAGGAGGAACUGGCGGCGCUCUUCUCCCGUAACCUCACCCUUCACCCCACGUCGCAUCCGGCACCGGUACCCGCACCAGUUCCGGCCCCGGCGCACGUCUCCCAAGACGAACGGAAGAUCGUCUAUAUCUCGCAACACUACAACCACUCAGCCCACUUAGCAAAGCCCAACACCCAGCCGCCUCGGCCGGCCUCGGAGCCCCCUAAGAACGAGUACAGAGACGUAGAACAAGUACUCCGCCAGCAGAGCGUAGACCCCUCGGGGCUCUCUGCCGCCCAGCUCCAGCUCUUCAAAACGUCCGACACUCCCCAGCAAUUCCGCCUGAUCGAGCUGUGGCGUGUCUGCCCGCCGACAUCCAGCACCGACAACCCGACCCGGACCUGGACCAGCACCACGCUCGAGCAGGAAGAAUCCCUCGCGCGCCAGCGCUUCGAGCAGCAGCAGCAACAGCAGCAGCAGCAGCAGCGGGAGCAGCACCUCCUCGACCAGCAACGCCAGCGCGAACUCUCCUCCGCCGCCGCCAUGGAAACGGAGGACCACCACCAGCCCUCCUCCCCGGACCAGGACCCCGAUACGGAAACGGUCAUGUCGCUCGACGGCACCCCGCUCACGCCCAUCACCCUCCAGGCCGGCGACGGCCGCUGGCUGCUCGGCGGCUGCGCCGCAUACCACUACAUGGAGCCGUACAUGCUGUCCGGGUACGAGGAGCUGGCGCGCCGCGAGUACGAGGCCUCGGUGCGCAGGGCGUACGCGGAGGAUGUGGCGGCGCCGUUGGUGGGGAAGGACGGUGCUGGCGGUAAUGGGAAUGGUGAUGCUGGGGUGGUGAGGUUCAAUCCGGCGCAUGCCGAUCCGGUGUAUAAGACGACGCAUAGUGGGGGCGGUGGUGGGGGCGUGUUGGUGGUCGAUUUCAGGCGGGAGGCGGCCAUGGCGGACCAGUAUGGCCGCUUCAUGGCUAUGAAGGAAGAUGAGGAGAUGCUUUGAGUGUCAAGCGGAGAGGCUGUAAGGGUAUGUCGUGGAAGAUGUUGGAGGGUGUGGCCGACCGGGCAGUCAUGUACCCGUCUGUGCCGAGGACUGGUUGGUAUAGGGAAGUUGCCUCUGUUGAUAUGGGAGACUGUGGAGGAGGUAUAUACGUAUGGAUGACUGAUGGAGUAGAUAUGGCUGCUUGGUUUUCCUUUGUGUUCGAGGAACCCCA